AACAAUUGGGUCUACCAAACGGGUUCAAGUUCAACGCUGGUUGGCUCGGAGGUUUAAGCGGGCCGACCGAUGCCCACUUUCCCUCGCUCUUUCCUCCCUCUCUCCAUGUGUCUUCCUCGUUUCGAUCCACUCGGCGGACACCAAAUCUGGUUCGGCUCUUAGCAAGUGGCUUUCCAACUCCCACGGUCUCUUGCAGAGCCUUUCCCUUGAUCCCUCUUUCAAUUUCCCAUCCAUUUUCCACUCUUAGCUUCACUUCAACGCUUUACCUGCCUUUGUUCUUCCACUUCUCAUCCCCUUUUCGCUAACCUUCUGAAACUCUCGUCUUCAAAUUUGUAUUUUCCAUUUCUCUUUUACCUCUUUCUCGUAAAUUUAGGUUUUUGGGCAUCUGGGUUCAUCGAUUUCUUCUGGGUCUUUGUGUUGUAUCUCUAGGGUUUCGAAUUUCCUUGUUUCUGGGUUUCGUUUAUUUCUCCCCGUUGUUCACUAAUUUAGUUUGAGGAGUUUGUGUUCUAAGGCGAUGUCACAAGGCUUUGCGAUCGAGCUCUAUUUCGAUCCGGCACUUGAAAAUCAGGUUCUCAAGGCUUGGAAUGUACUAGCUCGCCGUCAAAUCAGUACCCAACUCAUCGAAAUUGAAUCGCGCCCUCACAUUACCCUAUUUUCUAGCCCUUUCCUCGAACCCACAAAAGUUGAAUCCAUCGUUAAGAAUUUCGCUUCGAAACAGGAACCUUUGCCUUUGUCCUUAGCGUCAAUUGGCAGCCUUCCCAAUGACAACAACAUUCUCUUUCUCGGUCCAGCGCCUUCGAUUUCACUCCUCCAAUUCCAGUCCCAGUUGUGCGAAGCAAUGAGGAAAGAAGGAAUUGAAACUGGAGAGGAAUAUCGCCUUGGCUCGUGGAUUCCCCAUUGCUCUGUUGCUCAGGAGGUGCCCAAGGCUCGAAUGGCUGAGGCAUUUUGUGUUCUAAGGGAUUUGAAGCUACCAGUAUCCGGGUAUGCAAUUGAUAUUGGGUUGGUGGAAUUUUCCCCUGUUCGAGAGCUCUUCUCUUUUGUUCUUGGCAACACUCUCGAAGCUUGAAUCUGAUAGUUCUUCCUUAUGAACUUGUACAACCUUAAAUUUAUUGUAGCUGUUUUAGAGGUCCUGUUUAGGCGCUAGAGCAUUACAAAUAAGGAUGCAUUUUGUAUUUCAUGUUAUGAAUUUGAUCUCUUUUAUAUUCAAGUUGAAUCUUACUUGCUAGUUCAUUUAAUAAACACAUUGGAUUCUGUUGAAACACGAAAUGAAUGUUAAAGGUUUAGGCCUUUCACAUA